GUCAAAGCAGCCGGGUCAGUGGACCGGGCUGGCGGGGCUGCAACAUGCGCUGCCCCAGUGCGCCACUCAGUGCGCGCGGCUCGCCGCUCCGCUCCGGCACCCAAGCGCUUUCCUUCUCGCCAAGUCUCCUUCUGCUUUCCGGUCCGCGUGGAUGUGGCGGUCAGAAGAGUGCGCCGCGCUGUGAGAUGGACCGCACUUGAGGGGCCACAUGGAGAGUCCAGCCAAAUAUCUGUCCUCGGUGCCGACGGACUCCGCACCGGUCGGGGACAACAUGUGGAACAGCACCAAGGUGGCGAGCGAAGGGCGUCACGAUGUGGUGGCUCGGACGGUGACCGGAUGUCUGCUGGCCGUCCUGAUCCUGUGGACCUUGCUGGGGAACAUCCUGGUCUGCUCCGCGGUGCUGCGCUUCCGACACUUGCGGACUAAAGUCACCAACAUCUUCAUCGUCUCUCUGGCUCUGUCGGAUCUGUUUGUGGCCGUGCUGGUGAUGCCGUGGAAGGCGGUGGUCGAGGUGUCCGGCUACUGGCCGUUCGGUGCUUUCUGCAACGUGUGGGUGGCCUUUGACAUCAUGUGCUCCACCGCCUCCAUCCUCAACCUCUGCAUCAUCAGCGUGGACCGCUACUGGGCCAUCUCCAGCCCCUUCCGCUACGAGCGCAAGAUGACCCAGCGGGUGGCCUUUGUGAUGAUCAGCAUCACCUGGACCUUGUCUGUGCUCAUCUCAUUCAUCCCGGUCCAACUCAACUGGCACAAAGCCAGCGCGGGAGACGCGCCAAGGACGCGCAACUCCUCUGCCGGCGCUGCGCGGGAGAACUGCGACUCCAGCCUGAGCAGAGAGUACGCGAUCUCCUCCUCCCUGGUCAGUUUCUACAUUCCCGUGGCCAUCAUGAUUGUCACCUAUACCAGGAUCUACCGAAUCGCCCAGAUCCAGAUCCGGAGGAUCGCGUCUUUGGAGCGCGCCGCCGAGCACGCGCAAAGUUGCAGGAGCAAGAGAAUCGAGUGCCAGCACCACAACACGCUUAAAACCUCCAUCAAGCGGGAGACUAAAGUGUUCAAAACUUUGUCGGUGAUCAUGGGGGUGUUCGUGUGCUGCUGGCUGCCCUUCUUCGUCCUCAACUGCAUGGUCCCCUUCUGUGACAAGCCCACGGCGCACCAGGACGCGGGCCUGCCGUGCGUCAGCGAGACCACCUUCGACGUGUUCGUGUGGUUCGGCUGGGCUAACUCCUCCCUCAACCCCAUUAUAUACGCGUUCAACGCCGAGUUCCGGAAGGCCUUCGCCAGCUUGCUGGGGUGUCGCCACUUCUGCUCCCAGACCCACGUGGAGACGGUCAACAUCAGCAACGAGCUGGUCUCCUACAACCAGGACACGUUGAUCCACAAGGAGAUCGCCAACGCCUACGUCAACAUGAUCCCCAAUGUGGUGGAGUGUAUCGACCACGAGGAGCCGUUCGAUCGGAUAUCGCAGUUUUCGGUGAACCAUGAGAACGCUACCGACUCAGUGUGUGACCCCGAGGACUGCGAGGCGGACAUCAGCCUGGACAGACUGUCCCCCUUCACCCCCAAUGGAAUACAUUGAGCCAGCUGAUUGGAUGUCUACAUCACCACCCUGACUGCCUCAUGGACACGUGGCACGCGUUGCCUGUGCCAGGUGUAUUGUUGUCGUCCCGUUCUGAACAAGUGACGUGUUGAUGUUCAUUCACAUAACAAGUCAAGUGUGUGUUUGUUUGCUCCGCGCUUCCGUGUUGUUUAGGCUUCUGCGUCCUCUGACAGAGAAACGCCGUGACUCCUUUCACAAGCCUUUCCACGUGGUUUGUAGCAGCACUGUUGGAAUCUACAAGUUUAUAUAAAUAUUUGCAACUAAGUGUUUUGAGUUGUGAAUCAGAUCAAGGUCCAGAUGCCCCCUCAUUUUACGGGUGGCCGAAAUUUUGUGUUUCAACUUUCCCGCUCUUUCUACCAAACACAUGAAUAUUCUGGAAAUUUGGAUGUGGAGAAGGAGGCUCAUUGAUGUAGUGCAACAUUGAACACAGUUCAACAGAAGUUUCACUGUAAGCUAGCGUAAGACUCCGGACCGAUCCCACCUCUGACACCACUGUAGACUGUUACUAAUUAACUAAUUAAGCGAGGGACACCCUGGAAAGGUCAGGAGUCAGUGUUGGCAGACCAUCCCCACAGGAGUUGAGUCAUAGUCAGAGACUUUGAGGCCACGUGUCAAUACAAAGACUGAGACCAAAUGAGUCCAGAUUAAGCUAAUAUUUUGUUCCUCUAUUUCAUAUUUAUUCUCAACUUGAUUCGGACCCUGACAGGGUUGGUUUUGGACUCGGUCCCUCUGUGCUCUGAUCCUGGUCUCAACUUGGCUUCAGGUCAGGUGGUCUCCACCCCAACACUAACUCACACAGAGUAAUAAGUCAAGACUAAGAAUCAAGUUUUCCCUCCAGAUAACACGACCAGUGCUCCUCUACAAACCAUUUGAAAACCGCCUUGUUCUGAGGAGCUACCGGACGAUGUUGCGCUGCUUACAAACCUCAUUCGCCCGACCGUGGGGACAGAAAAAGCCUUAGCAGACGACAGUCAAACAAAAUGCAGUCAUUACAGCGCCUUAUUCAUGAAACCAAUGGAAGGGAAUGUGUGAGUUUGAAUUAACAUGAUGCCAAAAUCCACACUCCGACGUCCCGCCAUGCACUCAAUGAUGUUUACAUGGAAUCAAAUGUUAAUAAUGUUCCGGAAAGUUAUGCCAUGUUCUUCAUUUUUGUUGUUUCUUUGGGGACAUUGUGAAACGUCACAGAGACAGCUGUGACUUGCAAGUAAAAUUAGGCUUUUAAGAGAGACAUUAUAGACAUCAUUUUGGUCUGCUAUAGCUGUAUAUAAAAUACAUUUGAUAUUUUCUGUGGGGAAAGUAAAAUGCAGUAUUUUUAAAUAAAAGCACUUCAGCUCCAAACUAAAUGGAGACCAAAGACAGGUGCAGCAGAAAUGUUUUCAUCCAUCCAUGAGCUGUUGUAACCUACCACACCAGGGAUUUUUUUUAAACUAUAUUUUGAGACUCAUUUUAUGUUAUUUCAAAAUUAUAUAUUUUUCAUAUUUUGACCUUUUUUUUAAAGUAAUGUAUACUUUUGAAAUAUACCAUUUUCAUUAGAUGUCUUGUAAAUUAUAUUUUGUUUAAUACAAAAUCUGAAAAUAAGAUACUUAAGUUAUUUAAAUUAUUUCAAUUAUGUAUUUUUAAUGACAUCUAUUUAAAAAUGUGAUUUAUUUUUAAAUGUACUAUUUCCUUACAUUUUGUUAAAUUAUAUGUGAGUUUUCUUAUUUAAUCGUAGUUUGACAUUUGCGUAUGUAUGUACGUGUGUUUUCAUUAAUUUCAUGAAGUUAUAACCAUCAAAAUGUCCACCACCAUUUGGUGAAGCAGGCAGUUAAAGGAUGAAGACGACUUUUCAACUGGCUCUAUCCAACACUCUUGACACGAACGUGGGCAGUUGUUCUUUAACUAUACUUCUAGUAACAGCAGCCCUGCCUGUUAAACAGUAAGUACAAGCAGAAGUGAAACAACGUUUCACUAUUUAGGCCGAUGUUUGAGAAACAUGACACACCGAAGGUCAGUGUCUCAGACUUGACUGCAGUGUUUUUCGUCCUCCUGCGGAAUGGUUGCUGUGGAAAGCCACAACACAUCUGGAUGUCAUGCAUCAGUGCUCCUGCUCCUCUCUGUCUUGGUACUGUACAGGCGACCUGACAUGAAUGUAAACUGCUGUCCUUUAAAACAGUGACGUGUGUCAUCACUUGCCUAUUAAACUGCCAUCACGCUGACACGACUGGAUUUUAUGUUACUACAU